GGAAGUGGCGAGACCCGGAAGUGAAAGGGUCAGGGCGCGGCCAUGUUGCGGCAGGACAGCAACGAAGACACAGAAGACGUGUCCCUGUUCGAUGCCGACGACGAUGCGGCCCGGCGGCCGAAGAAGUCAAAGAUCAGACAUCCAGUGGCUUCAUUUUUCCAUUUGUUCUUCCGAGUGAGUGCCAUCAUUGUUUAUCUCCUGUGCGAACUGCUGAGCAGCAGCUUUAUUGCCUGCAUGGUGACGAUCAUCUUGUUGUUAUCGUUCGACUUCUGGGCCGUGAAGAACGUUACAGGAAGGCUGAUGGUCGGCUUGCGGUGGUGGAACCAGGUUGAUGACGACGGAAAGAGCCACUGGGUUUUUGAAGCCCGGAAGGUGUCUGCCCAAGGGAAAAAGAAGGCCUCAGAAGCGGAGUCCCGGAUCUUUUGGCUAGGGCUGAUCACCUGUCCCAUCAUGUGGGUGGUGUUCGCCUUCAGCGCCCUGUUCUCCUUCAAAGUGAAAUGGCUGGCCGUGGUGGUGAUGGGGGUGGUCCUCCAGGGAGCCAACCUGUACGGCUACAUGAGGUGUAAAGUGGGCAGCAAAAAGAACCUGACCAGCGUGGCCACCACUUACCUCGGAAAGCAGUUCCUGAGACAAACGACUCAAGACAGCGAGACAUCUUGAAGACCGAGGGAAGCGCACGGAUCCGCUUUUGGCCGACAACGAAGGGAUUGCCCCGAUUCUUCUGGACCUGUACGGGUGGCUGUAGUGGGGCUUUUUUGGCGGACGGGGGGUAUGAUUUCUUCCCAUUUCCCAGUUUAAGUUGUUUUAAAGAACUACAGGCGCGUUGGCCUCGGUUGUUUUUCACGGCAGAUUUUUAGUUUUUGGAAAAUUUGGACUUUAAGAGCUCUAGUGGUGGAAGUAUAGAAAUGACUCAAAUUUUGCUUGAUCUAAUUUUUUAAAUGUGUGUGUGUGGGGGGGUGGGUGUGUGUAAAUGCACACAUGUGCCCACGUUAGGGUGUGUUCAUGUGCAAUAUAUGCUCACUCACAUACAAUUGUAUGCCCUGAAGGCCUUUUGAUGGAAAAGUAACCUUAGAAAAAAGAACCUUUUCAGGCCGUCAGCUUAAGAGAACACCUUGAAUCCCAGUUCCUUUAGAGGAGGGGAAUUUUCUUCAAAUACCCAGAACUGGCGUUAAAGGCUGGCUGACCGGUUUUCCACUCGCGGGGGAGUUGAAUACCGCACGUACCCCACGAAAGUACUUCUUGCUGUAGACAACAGUGUGUUUGGAAAAUGCAGUUGGAGGUCUCCACAGACCCCAUGGGCGCCAAACAAAUUCUCGCUAUCUAUAUCGAUCCUCUUUUGGGACGACCCGCGGAUCUAGCGGAAGCCGCGAAUGACACGGGAAGUUCAGUUGCGCGUUCCUCGUCUCACCCUCCAAGGGGCCGAUCAAGAUUUGGUUGUCUCAAGGGCCUGUAAUCUCCAAACCGUUCAGGAGGGUGUUAUAUUUAUGUUAAGGGAUGAACCCUUAAAUGUCUGACAUACGAGACGCUUGGAGGGCGUGUCUUAUUUUAAUUAUAUUUUCUGUUCGUGAGAAUGAUGGGGACUUGUAAAUCACAGGUUUGGGUUUCAGGUGUUUCUUAUAAUAAAGCAAUAUAUUUAAACUGUCCACUGUUUUGACCUAUAAGCUCUGGCACUGUAAAUUUUUAGGAUUCUUUGGAACAAUAGAUCCUUUUGUAAAUAUAUUUAUAAAUAAAAUUAAGCUUGGUCUAAUCA